CCUAUGGCUUUGUAAAUUCUCUCUCUCUCUCUCUCUCUUUGUGUGUGUGUAAGUAAGGGUUCAUCAGAAGAAAAAACCUCUGCAGGGACAAAUAUCCCCUCCCAAACCAGUUACUAGUUAGUUAAGUAACGGUUUUUUUAUUUUUUUAUUUUGGUUUAAUUUUCACGCAACAUUAACAGAGCUUCACUUCACUUCACUUUUUUCCAAGAAAAGAAAAAUGAUAAGUUGGAAGGAUCUAUACAGCGUAUUGACGGCGGUGGUUCCUCUGUACGUGGCGAUGAUAUUAGCGUACGGUUCAGUGCGGUGGUGGAAGAUAUUCUCACCGGACCAGUGCUCGGGAAUAAACCGGUUCGUGGCGAUCUUCGCGGUGCCUCUGCUUUCCUUCCACUUCAUAUCAACGAACAACCCAUACGCAAUGAACUUCCGGUUCAUCGCCGCCGACACGCUUCAGAAGAUAAUCAUGCUGUUCGCGCUUUCCAUCUGGACAAACUUCACCGCCAACGGAAGCCUCGAGUGGAUGAUCACAAUCUUCUCACUCUCGACAUUGCCCAACACUCUCGUCAUGGGAAUCCCACUCCUCAUCGCCAUGUACGGCGAAUAUUCCGGCAGCCUCAUGGUUCAGGUGGUGGUUCUCCAGUGCAUCAUCUGGUACACUCUCCUCCUCUUUCUCUUCGAGUACCGCGGCGCCAAGCUUCUCAUCAUGGAACAGUUCCCGGAAACCGCCGCCUCCAUAGUCUCAUUCAAGGUCGACUCCGACGUCGUUUCCCUCGACGGAAGGGAUUUUCUCGAGACCGACGCCGAGGUAGGCGACGACGGAAAGCUCCACGUCACCGUUAGGAAAUCCAACGCUUCCAGAAGGUCUUUCAUGAUGACUCCGAGACCUUCUAACCUCACCGGCGCUGAGAUUUACAGCCUCAGCUCUUCCCGUAACCCAACGCCACGUGGCUCCAACUUCAACCACGCAGAUUUUUAUUCCAUGAUGGGUUAUCAACCCAGGCACUCCAAUUUCGCCGCUAACGACUUGUCACGUGGCCCCACACCGCGCCCUUCCAAUUUCGAAGAGAAUUGUGUACCAAUGGCGCAGACGAUCAGUACCUCCCCCAGGUUCGGGUUUUACCCGGCCCAGACUGUACCCGCUGCGUACCCGGCACCCAACCCGGAAUUCUCUUCCACUCUGAGUAAAAGUCACAGCAAAAACUCACAAUCACAAUCACAAUCACAGCCACAACCACAACAACAGUCACAACAAUUGGUUCAAGCUCAAAACCCCAACACUGCUAAACCCAGCCAUGACGCUAAAGAGCUUCACAUGUUCGUGUGGAGCUCAAGCGCAUCGCCGGUUUCCGAAGGCGGCGCCGGCCUCCACGCAUUCAACGGCGCAGAUUUCGGAGCUUCCGACCAAUCUGGACGCUCCGAUCAGGGUGCCAAGGAGAUCAGGAUGUUGGUAUCUGAUGACCACCCUCAUAAUGGGGAAUCCAAUAAAGCUAUGCCGGAGGCAGAGUUUGGUGGGGAAGAGUUGAAGUUUCACGGAAAAGAAAGAGAACAAGCAGAGGAAGACGGAGAGAAAGCGGGACCCACUGGCCUGAACAAACUAGGUUCUAGUUCAACGGCGGAGCUACACCCGAAAGCCACCGGAUCUGCCGUCGGGAAACACAUGCCUCCGGCGAGUGUCAUGACCCGUCUCAUACUGAUUAUGGUGUGGCGGAAGCUUAUCCGCAACCCCAACACAUACUCCAGCCUCAUUGGCGUUGUUUGGUCCCUCGUGGCGUUUAGGUGGCAUGUGCACAUGCCCAAAAUAAUUGAGAAAUCAAUUUCAAUACUCUCUGAUGCUGGACUUGGAAUGGCUAUGUUCAGCUUAGGUCUGUUUAUGGCUCUUCAACCCAAACUAAUUGCAUGUGGGAAAUCCAUUGCUACAUUUGCCAUGGCUGUUCGAUUCCUUACAGGUCCCGCUGUCAUGGCCGCAGCUUCCAUCGCUGUUGGCCUGCGUGGCACCCUCUUACGUGUAGCUAUUGUUCAGGCUGCACUUCCGCAAGGGAUUGUUCCAUUUGUGUUUGCCAAGGAGUACAAUGUCCAUCCAGCCAUUCUUAGCACAGGGGUUAUAUUUGGGAUGUUGAUAGCACUACCAAUUACUCUAGUCUACUAUAUACUGCUUGGUUUGUGAAAUAUCUAUACAGUAGUAGUGUAGUAGCCAACGUACAAGGACAGAACGAAUGACCCUUUCUAACCUUUUUUACUUUGGGAGUAAGCAUGCACGUCUGGUUACCACAUUGGAUUAUGCUGUUAUUAGCAAGAAUGAGGAUUUUCUGGACGGGAUGAACGAGAAUCACGAACUAGUAUCCUUAAAACAAAGGAAAUCCUUCCGAGUUUCCAAAAUUUUGGGAACUCCAGAAAAUUUGACGGAUUGGGCCAAAUACUCGUAAUUUUAUGCCCCUAUUUGAAGUCCAAACUGACGCAAUUUCCAAGAACUGAGAAAAAGGAACAAGUACAGCAUAUAGGAGACAUAGCAGAGGAAAACAAGGGAAAGCUAGCAUGAGCUGAGUCAAUGAUAUCAAGAAAUGGUUCCCUCCAUAUCUUCAUUCUAAAUUUUUAUUAGAAAGUCAUGUUUGUGUCAUUAAGUAACAGAGGAAAUGAAAUUGGAAUGUAAGAGGAAGACUUUUUUUUUUUUUGUCUACUUUAUACUUCAAAUUUAUUGUGUUAUUGUUGGAUUUUUGU